GUACUUCUCAAGGUCGACUCACUAGAGAGGUGAAUUUAUUUCUCGCCCAACAUUUAGUGUCUUUCUGAGUGGAAUGGUCUCAACUGAUAGCAAAGCAUGCAUUUUAAAUUAUGUAAGAAAUUGCUUUGCAUCAGGAGACGACUCGGGGUUUUGUGAACAGCUUCUUAACGGUGCUGAAUCAGCCACUGAUGAAGAAAUCCACUGCAUUUUAAGUGGAAAAUAUUCAAGUAAAAUCGUUGACACAGAAUCCGAGAAUUUCUAUAGAUAUUCUCCAGAAUGCCCUUUUGUUCCUUGUGAGGAUCCACUUCUUCUUCUCAAUGCUUCUGCAGACGAUUGUGAGAACUCCACGAAUAUUUCGAGGUCUUCACGAAAAGGAAAUCCGCCGGAAACCCGAGAACUGUCCGCUGAGGAAAUAGACAAAUAUUUCCCUGCAAAACCAAUAAUUCGAACAAAUAAACCAAGUGAACCAUUUAAAUCAGCACUCACAUUAGCCCUGGAAGAAGCUAAAUUAAGUGGACAACUAAAAAGAAAUAAAAUAUUUUCUGACUUCGCUGUUUAUGAUGCUCGAUCAGUACUAAGUAAGAACCAGCGUCCUUCAGAAGAUUGUCUUUUCAAUAUGUAUCCAGACUCUCCUCUACGCCAGUUCAAUGUGUGGUUAUGGAGACUCAAUGGAUUUCCACGGACGUUAAUUAAAGUGCAACCGCGACUUGGUACUACAGUACAACAAUUUAUAGGACUUACUUUAUGGCAGUAUAUUAAUGAGUUUUCAACUUCUGGUAGUGAUAAUACUCAUUUAUCAAGUCGUUUGGAUCAACUGGAUGAAUCAUUUUUAGAUCGACUUGCCUUGUACAUGUUUGAUACAUCCGAUGAUGAUGAAGAUGUUGACUCAGAAUUUCCACCACUUGAAUUGAAUGAUCCGAUUCAUAAGUAUCAAUUUGAAUCAUUUGCUCUUGUUGAACGAGUUGAAACAUCCUUACACGAACAAUCGAAAGCAGAGGUGACAAGUGUACUAGUUACAAUACAUAUGGCUCAAGGGAUGAGUGUACUCCGUUUUCCAUCAGAUACGCUUUUAAGUGCAGUUCUAGAACGUGCUGUCUAUCGUCGUCGACUACGUCAACACGGUGGUUAUGCUUAUCGACUGGAACUAUGGCCAAGAAAUACAGAUCAACAAACAAAUUGCCCAAAAGUUGGUGGUGGUAGCACUUUCCUGUCAAAUAUAACUAAUACACAGUUCAAAAAUAAAAAUUCACAAUUAGAUUUAAAUCAACGAUUGAGUUAUUUUAUUUCAGCUGGACUGCCUUUACACUUUCUUCUUGUUCGAGAAAGCAGUCGUUGUGAUCCAGCACUUUCAGAACACGGUGGUGAUAUCGAAACAAUCGAACAAAUAGAUUCUGCACCAAUGUUAGAUACAUCAGAACCAGUACAUACAGCUUUACAGUUAAGACAAUAUCAGGUGACAUACUUGAAAGGCCUUUUUCCACGUGAAGUUCAAUUAAAUAUUUCCCUGAAUGAAGUUAAACUUGAACAGGGAAGUACAUCGAAAACCCGUCGAAAAUUAUUCUCAAAAAUAAUGAAACCGAUUAGCAUAGAAAUUAAUGCAAUUGCUGAUUGUGAAUUAAUCUCUUCUGGAUUUUCUACCGGCAGUGGAGUGGAUAAUAAAUCUGGUUGUGGGAACAAUGAUUCAAAAACUAUCAGUAUGAGCAGUAGUAGUGCAUUGACAGUCGGUGGUAUUGGUGGUGGUGGUGCACUUACUGACAACAUCACAUCUACAGAUGCAUCUGUCAGUGUUAAAAGCUCAAAUAAAAACGUGAAUGAACAGUCAUCGAAGUCAAUGAUUUCACGUAAAGCUCAAUUUAGAAUUGUUUACAUUCCGAAUUUUAAGUCAUACUCCGACUUAAUCAUGUCACAGUUGACCAGUAUUACUAGUAGCGCCAGUGGACAGAAGUCAGCUCUAUCGGUCGCGGUGGCGGCGACGACGACAACAGCAACAACAACUACAGUUACUUCUCGAUCAACUGUGAACAAUCAACCGGUGAUCAACCCAACGACGUCUUCUUCUUCAUCACCUGCUUACACUGCUACAAUUCCCUCUGGACAAGAUUCACCUGUAUACACUAGCAGUAAUAACAAUACAAGUGGUACUGGUGUUAGCGCCAGCAUUCCGACGACUGCUAUUUCUACUAUUUCUUCUAAUACUGUUAUUUCUAAUAGUAGUAGUAGUAGUAGUAGUAAUUUAUUUCAGCAGUUGUGCUUUGAAACACAAUGGGCACGAGCUCGGGCUAUCUGCGAUCAGUUGAAUAUUAUCCUGGAGGUUAGUCAAAGCCAAGCUCGUCAGUUUUAUAUUCAAAGAAAGUUGAAUACAUGAUGCUGAUAUCAAUGCGCGCGCAGCAUGACUGUCAUCCUGGACUUCUCUAUACAAAUAUAUAUACAUACAUAUGAUUGUUAAUAUAUUUUUCUAUUUAAAAUAUAUAUGUAUUUAAUUACCUAAA